CCUACCCAUUGCACCAAGGAAAUCCACCGAGGCUCCAAAGAUGGCCGAGACUCAUCCCACUACCCCAACUGACUUGUAUUGAAGAGGUGUACGUAAUGCCUUGUGGAGCGUUGGUUUAAACACGACAUGUUCACCAGAUCAUCUAUUGCCAUUUUAGCUGAUUGUGGAUGUUUCUUCAAGCCCAACUAUACAAUCUACAUUAACCGACAUGACGAAUGUUUUUAAAACAAAUCGACCUCACUACUGCGCUUCGGCCAUCUUAUCUUCCCGACGAAGUAUUGCUCUUUGUCCAGGACAACGUGGGGCUAUAUGAGGGAAAGUACAAGCUUCCCAACCUGCAGAAUGGCCAGGUCUAUCUGACAUCGCAUCGGAUAUGCUACGUCGACAAGCAGGAACCAAGAAAGCACUCUGUGGCUCUGGACUUGAAGGAUGUGGAAAGAUAUGAGUUCUACGCUGGGUUCCUGAAGUCCUCAGCCAAAGUAACUCUUGUCCCCAAACCUCCCAAGCGGGGUUCUCUCCAAUCUCGGGCAGCCGCCGUAUCGUCGAGUCCUUCGAACAGCGGAACCACUUCCCCAUUGCCAAGUUCCGAUGGUCCCUUUCGAUCGCCAUCAACUGGUGCAUCGCAGGCUACAGCGGCCACGUGGGUUUGCACAAUCUGCAGUUUCCCGAACCCAGUACCAUCCAACUUCGAUCCGACCACCGCAAACGCGCAUACGCCACUACCACCAUGUCUAGCUUGUGGCAUCAAGCCGGCAUUGACGCAUGUCCUGAAAGCAGCCAUAUCGAAUGUUACUAGUAGGCAGAUGACCGCGACUGGGUCCAGCUUUGGAACGCCGUUACCUCUUCGCCCAGGGCUAGACAGUAGCAGAAACGCGGCUACGGAACUUGGCGAUUUGGUACAGACAAACUCGGCAUCAACGACGCCGAAGCCUACGACUCCAGACACGGGCGCUGGAUUUCAAUGCCCAAGAUGCACUUUCCUAAACCAUCCGUCUCUAUUAUCGUGCGAAAUAUGCGGCGCGCCUCUCAUAUCUCACGAUGUGCCUCCUUUGCCUGUCGCCCAUGAGCAGCCUAGGACAGACUCGCCAGGGCCAACCCUCAAUUUUGGCAAGGUUACUGGUUUGGAUAAUCCUGACAGUGUCAAGAUAUCCUUUCGAAAUGGUGGCGAGAAGAUAUUUUAUGAAAGGCUCAAAGGCUCUAUGACUCAACGUAAAUGGCUUCUCCAAGAAGCACCCCCUGUUCCCAACAGCAGCAGUGGUACGGAUGAUGGAACUGGUUCAUUAUCGCGGUCAGGUUCUGGUCCUGGCCGCACCCGGAAGACCGCCGGCAUAGCAGGGCUAGAGCAGAUGGGCCUAGAGAGGCGGAAGAACAACGAAUUUGCCAUUGCAAACUCCUUCGAAGACUUGGAGGCUUUGAUGGCUUCUGCCAAGGAAAUUGUUGCCCUGGCUGAGUCGUUCGCCCGCCAGGGCAAUGGUGGUGCAGAUAGCGCAACCUCGGAGGCCAACGCGUUGUUGGCUGAAUCUGCAAGUCAGUUAGGAUUGAUCACGACGAAGGACAUUGUUGGCGGUGGUAGCGGAUCCGGGUCCGAGAACCUGUACCUUUCGGAAUUGGCCAGGAACCUUGCCGAAUUCUUGACUGACGACAGUAGGGGCGUCCUCAAGAAGGCGGGUGGUAUCAUCAGUCUAGUUGAUCUGUGGGCCAUGUUCAAUCGGGCACGAGGAGGGGUAGAACUGGUCAGUCCCAACGAUUUUGAGAAGGCCGCUCAGCAGUGGGAGAAGUUGAAACUGCCCGUCCGUCUACGAACGUUCAAAAGUGGUGUUAUGGUUGUGCAGGGCUCCGAUCGAACGGACGAAACGACCAUCAAAGCAUUGUUGGUAUGGCUACGGGAUUUGCAUGAUGUUCCUCCAGAAAGAGAAGUCGCUUGGGACUGGCAAGAGUUUGGUCGUGGUGUCACUGCACAAGACGCUGCUGAGAAAUUUGGCUGGAGUAUUGGAGUUGCUGAAGAAGAGCUUGAAAUGGCGGAAGAGCGUGGCGUCCUGUGUCGAGAAGAGGGUAUAGAGGGCUUGAAAUUCUGGGAGAACUUUAUUGAUACAGGGGAACGACGGCGUCGCCGACGACGAACCCCUACACAGACUGACCAGAUCAUCAAGGCCUUGAAUGAUUCUGGUCUGAUCUGAAUUCAACGUUCAUAAUCGACAGAUCGUAUGGUAGUUGAUGGACUUAACAUACCAUUGGCUCUAGAUUACUUACCACCAACAAGCUAGAAUGACAUUAAUAAAGCAAGUCAACAC